AUGUCUCAAGUCCUCCCUACUGAAUGCUUAAACGAAAUUUUUGAAAAUUUGGAAGAUGAUGAUUUACUUUCGUGCUUAUUAGUAAAUCGACAGUGGUGUGAAGUUUCUGUUCCAAUUUUUUGGAGAAAAGUGCAAAGUUUUGAUACUUUACUCAAUUGCCUCCCUAAUAAAUCAAAAAUAAUUUUAAAUGAGAAUGGUUCAAUAAAUUCGACCUCAAUUUCAAUUUCAAGACAACCAUUAUUUAACUAUGUAACGUUUAUCAAAAGUCUUUGGAUUAAUGAAAUUGAUUAUUUAAUCACAAGAUUUCUUAAUCAACCUAUCAAUUCGCAAAGCUUCGUCAAAUCACAAAAUAUUGCAAUAAAACAGGAAAUAUUUAAAAUGUUAAUGAAUCAAACAUCUCUGAAAAAAUUAUCUUAUUACACUAGUUUAGACUACACAUAUACACCAUUUAUUGUGUAUCCUGGAGGAGAAAAUUGUUUGAGUAAACUUUCUAUAUUUCAUUGUUCUUCAAACGUCUGCCAUGAAUUUAUUAAUCAACUUUCUCAAAUUUGUCACAAUUUAAAAUUAUUAAAAAUAAAUUUUCGAGAUUCUAUCACUAAUGGAUUAGCAGAUUUUAUUUCUGUUCAAAAGCAUUUAAAAUACUUGAACUUGAGACUUUCAUUAUAUAAUUUACAAACUUUUAUAAAACUUCCUAAUUCAUUAAUCAAGUUACGCAUUGAAGGAAGAGAUUCUUGUUUUCCAUUUUUGUUGAUUUAUAAGCUCUCUAAUUUACAAGAACUUUCAUUAUCAGCACAUAGCAGUCUUACCAGUUUUAUAAGUCCAGAAUUUGAAUACCUAAUCAAAUUCUUGGAAAAUAAUGGGUGGUUACGCAUUGCAUUUCCAGAUGAAAACAUGGAAUCUAACAUGAAAUCACUAAAAGUAAUUUUAAAUAGUUUUCAACAGUUAGAAAGAAUGAAUAUUUCAUGUGGUCCUCACUUAUUGGAAGUGCGUAAAUUAUUAGAGAUUGUUUCAGAAUUUUCACCUAAAAUGUUUUAUGAGUUAAAAAUAGAUUUCGGAUUUUCCUUACAAGGCUUAGAAUUGGGAACGACAUUUCAAUGGGAAUUAAGGUCUAGCCUUAAAUGCUGGGCGAAUCGUAUACCAUGUAUUCUUCUUUCCUUCAUAGUUACUAUGCAUUUAGAAACAGAUAUAGAAAUGCAAAAAAAGUGA